GUAAGUCCUUUCCUGUUUUUUGUUCUUCGUUUUUCUGGUAUAAAAGUAAUCUCUUCAGAGGGUCACGUCCAGGGAAAUUAAGAUGGAUUUCUUGAGCUGUAUAAUAUGGCUUUGCCUCAUCUGGAUCUUAAUCAAAACCUUCCAUAUAAUUUCCAGAAGCAAAGCAACUCACAGCAAGCUUCCACCUGGUCCAAAACCUUUUCCGGUCAUCGGAAACUUGUUAGAACUCGGUGAAAAACCCCACAAGUCCUUAUCCAAGCUUGCCAAAGCUCAUGGCCCCAUAAUGAGCUUAAAACUAGGCAAAGUAACAACAAUAGUAAUCUCUUCAGCAGAGAUAGCCAAAGAAGUCCUCCAGACACAUGACCGGCUCUUGGCCGACCGAACCAUCCCGGACGCAAUCCGAGUCUACAACAGCGAGGAGUACAGCUUGCCGUGGAUACCCAUUUCCGCCCGGUGGAGGAACCUUCGGAAAAUAUGCAAUGGGGAGCUAUUCGCCAACAAAAUACUCGACGCUAACGAAGAUAUUCGGCACAAGAAAGUCCAAGAGCUCCUCGCUGAAACUCAUCAGUGUGGCCUAAUCGGCAAGGCAGUAGAUAUUGGGGAAGCAGUUUUCAAGACCACGCUUAAUCUUUUAUCAAAUACCAUUUUUUCGGUGGAUUUGGCAGGAAAGGAUUCUGACAAGGCCGGAGCAUUGAAGGAGCUCAUCUGGAAUGUCAUGAAAGAGGCGGCGAAUCCCAACUUGGCAGAUUAUUUUCCUGUGCUGAAGAAGGUCGACCCUCAAGGCAUAAGGCGGCGCAUGACAGGUCACGCUAGAAAGAUUUUGGGCCUCUUUGAAGGAAUGAUCAACCAACGGUUGCAGUUGAGGAAACUCUCCGGCUCUAUCACGGACAAUGAUUUCUUAGACAUCCUUCUUAACAUCAGUGAAGAAAAAAGUGAGGAGAUGGACAAAACUAAGAUAUUACAUAUAUUCCGGGACCUAUUUAUUGCGGGGACUGAUACAACCUCAGCCACACUGGAAUGGGCUAUGGCAGAGCUACUCCACAACCCAGAGGCAUUGUCAAAAGCAAAAACAGAGCUGGAGCAAGUAAUUGGCAAAGGCAACCCAAUGAAGGAGUCGGAUAUUGCUCGGUUACCUUACUUACAAGCAGUAGUGAAAGAAAUAUUCAGAUUGCACCCAGCAGGUCCUUUCCUACUGCCCAGAAAAGCAGAAGCAGAUGUGGAAAUCAACGGCUAUAUUAUCCCAAAGGAUGCACAAGUGCUAGUGAAUGUAUGGGCUAUAGGCCGAGACCCGAGCUCAUGGGAGAAAGCAAAUUCAUUUAUGCCGGAGAGGUUCUUGGGGUCUGAAAUUGAUUUUAAAGGCAGGAACUUUGAGCUUAUACCGUUUGGUGGUGGAAGAAGAAUAUGUCCUGGUUUGCCAUUGGCAAUACGAAUGUUGCACUUGAUGUUAGGUUCGCUUGUCCACACGUUUGAUUGGAAGCUUGAAGAAGGGGUUAAAUGUGAGGAUAUGAACAUGGAAGAUAAGUUUGGCAUAAGUUUGCAGAUUGCUCAUCCUCUAAGAGCUGUCCCUAUUCCACUCUAAAAUAGGUUGAAGAAAUUAAUUACUUGGUUGCCAUUCUACUCUGUCUUUGUACUGCAUGCAAUAUAUAAUUUUGUUGGAAGCAAAUAAACAUAUAUAGCCUGUCACGUUGAUGAUAGCAUGGAACUUAUCAUUGUAAGAGAAUAUUUGAAUAACUCUGAAGUUAGGAAUUUCAUGAGAAUUGUAUAGUUUUUGAUAAAUAUUAUAUUACCUUAAAUUUAGGGAUUUAAUGAUAUUGAAUCACCCUAAAUUAAGAGAUCUUAUU